AUGCCGUGGGAUUUCGGUGUACUCAGCUUUGUUUGCGGUGCCAUCAAAUUAUCGUGGAUCAUAUACGAGAAGGGGUUCACGGAGGAGAAGUCGCUGCCGCGACGGUAUCUUGAGUUUGGCGACGCGUUGUUCCGGCUGCACUGGAGUCUCAACACCAUCGAAUCCAUCGUCAGAACCGCGAACACCGGCUUAGAAAACGAAAGGCUCGAGAGCUAUGGACCUGAACUAUAUGAUACCACAGCGCUGAUCGAUAUCGUGGGCAACUUCCGCUUGACGCUGGAACAGUGUCAGCAGUUGCUCAAUGACGUCAGCAAAUUUCGUACUGGCAAAGACGGCUUCAUCACCAACAUCAUCUACAACCUGAAUACGGAUGCGCAGGUCAGAGAUUUGACUGAGCGUUUGAAACAUCACAGCGUCAAGAUUGGUCUCGUUCUCGACGCGUUCAACGUUCAUGUCCAAACACAGCUGCGGGAUCUCCACAAUGAACAACACCAAGACCUGGCGGAGCGAAUUCAGGAGCUGAAGCACCUACUUGUUGCUAGUCGCGAUUCAAGCACCGACGCGUAUCAGCCGGUGAUCAAGCGAGAUAUAGAAGUCCCUGUCGAACUUGCCGAGCGCUUCACAGCGGAGUUACAGCAACGUUCUUUAUUGAGAAACGCAAGAGUCACUUCUCUCAUGAAGGGGCAGGGCUUCCCAACGAAUGGUGGCGCAUCCGAAGGUAGACCAAGCAAGACCACCGACGUAUUGACUGAGAUCGGAAACAUACAGUUGUGGCAGAAAGCUUCUUUCGAAAAGAGAUCCGCGUCCCAACACCAAUACAGCAGGUCGUCAGAAGACCUGUUAAAUUCUUCAGAAACUGUAUCGGGUGCAUGGAGUCCUGAGCCACUCAGCGAACGGACUUUCACCUCGACGUCGAGCAUCAUGAGCAACAUCUCCAGCGCUCAUUCACAGGAAAUAUCCCUGGGCUCUGCAGUCAGGGCAGUACAAUUGACACAACCAGAGCCACCGUUACUUGUGGUAUUUCUCAAACAGCCAGAUACAGGACAGUUAUCCUUCCUAGCCAUUGAGCUCGAUGAGCGCACGAAGAUCGAGCCAAAAAGCUGCGACUGUCGAAGAACCAAAGCCAGCUGUACAGUCAGUGUGCUAGAGCGAUCUGGUACACCACUGCUAGCACGUCGUUUCUAUGCGAAGAAGGGGCUCAACAGCUGGAAUCUGGCGGCUGUCGGUGCACAUUGGUCGUCAUCUGACACGGGUGCGGUAUGUGUGCGCGACAUGUACUGGCUCCGGUUCGAGUUCUCGAACGACGCUGAGCGCAAGAAGUUUCAUCAGAAUGUCACUGAUCUCGUUCGUAUCUUCUCUGCAAGGAUGAACGACUACCAGAGAGACUUAAGAUCUGUCCGAGGAGCUCACAUCAUCUCACGACCAGGCUGA